UAUUCAGAGAGUGAGCUCUCCCAAGGCCUUGGUCGUUGAAGAAAGGGAGCAACAGAAGAAGAGGGGAAAGAAGGAGAACGAAGCCUUCCACUGUAAGAGCACUGGAAGGGGAAGAGGCUCCCGUUAAUUCUAACCUAUUGAUCUCUUCUAUAGCUGGCCGAGGUUAAAGAUGAAAAUGGUGUUAUAGGGUAGAGACGCUCCGCAGGCAUGGCUACACCUUUUAUAGCAGGGGUGGCUGUGGCAGCUGUUGCUCUUGCAGGAAGAUAUGGAGUCAGAGCUUGGCAAGCAUAUAAAGCCCGGCCUCCUGCAGCACGAAUGCGUAGGUUUUAUGAAGGAGGAUUCCAGUCCACCAUGACCAGAAGGGAAGCUGCUCUUAUUCUUGGAAUUCGGGAGACCGCUACUCCUGACAAAGUUAGAGAAGCACACAGGAAGGUGAUGGUUGCCAAUCAUCCAGACGCAGGUGGCAGCCACUACCUUGCAUCGAAAAUAAACGAGGCAAAAGAUGUGAUGCUGGGAAAGACAAAAGGAAGUGGGUCUGCAUUUUGAUAGUUGUAUCGCCAGUUCACGCCGAAGAGCAUCUCCAUUAUUUGCUUAUUGAGAUAAUAAUGGCCCAAAUUUCGGAAAAUGGUGUGUUGGUGUUCACCUGUAGAAUGCUGAAGAUGUCCCUCUUUAAGCAAUUGAUGUUGAAAGAAACAUUUCGACAAUGCAAAAACAAGGUACUUCCAGGUUUCUCUAAGACGAGAUAAA